AACAGUGCUAGUCCUGACAUGUCUCUCAGAGCCUAUUUAAAUCCGGGGGAGACGGGGAAGUAGUUCCUAAUGCUACCAGCCGAGCUGAAGCACUUUAUGUACAGAAUAUGAAGGGUGUAUUAUAGAGGGGGUAGAUAAAUAACAUCUACUCAUUAGUACUUCUAUUUAUUUAUUUAGGUGAAAGACAGAAUGGCAGAGAAUUGUGAGAGAAUGGCAGAAUGGCAUAGAAGUAGUUCCCAAAUAAAUACGUUGGACAAUGAGAAACUUGUAAGACCAAAAGAGAAACUGCAUAUCUUAUUACAACAGGCAGGUGCAGACAAAGACAUUUUCACCGUGAAAGAGGUGAUAUUCUACCUGGGACAGUACAUCAUGAAGAAACAGCUUUAUGACAUGAAGCAGCAACACAUAGUGCACUGUGCUGAUGACCCACUGGGGGCUGUACUGGGAGUGGACAGCUUCUCUGUUAAAGAACCACGAGUCCUCUUCGCUAUGAUCACACAAAAUCUCCUCGCGGUGAAAAAUCAAGAAUCCCAAUCUGUCUUCACGGAACCCAGGAGCCAGAGUGAACCGGAUAGAGGGUCUAAGGAGACAGACUCAGACUGUCAUUCAUCAUCUACCUCAGAACGCAGGAGGAGGAGGAGUAGUGACCCUGAGGGGACAUCAUCGACACAAGAGGAGGACGGGUGUGAGCCCAGGAAGAGACAUAGGUCAGACAGCUUUUCUCUGACCUUUGAUGACAGCAUGUCCUGGUGUGUGAUUGGAGGCCUGAGACGAGACCGGAGGAGCAGUGAGUCUUCAAACUCCCACAGUAACACUGAAGUAGGUUCGUUGGUCAGUGACGUGUGUGACGAUGGUCUGAGCCAGGAUCUGGACUCUGAGUCUGAUAACUUCAGCGUGGAGUUUGAGGUGGAGUCCAUCGACUCGGAUGCCUACAGCGAUCCCGAAGAGGCUUCAGUGUCUGGAGAGGACGAGGUGUAUGAAGUCACCAUCUUUGAGGCAGAGGAGGAGGACUCGUUCGAUGACGACACUGAAAUCACGGAAGCAGACUACUGGAAGUGCUCAAAGUGUGAGGAGUUGAACCCUCCCCUCCCCCGUAACUGCAACCGCUGCUGGACGCGAAGAAUGGAUUGGUUUCCCGAGUCCGACAGCAACUCUGCUACCACCACCAUAGCCCCCAACCUCAAACCCUUGCCCCCCAAGCCUUCCCCAGCCCCGACAGAGCCCGACGAGACCGAAGGACUGGAUGUCCCAGACGGGAAGAGAGCCAGGUCGCCCCUUCCCCUCCUCAAAGACUCCCAGGAUUUGGUCUCUGGGCCCGAUUCCCAAGACUCGGCCUGCUCCUCCCAGCCCUCCACCUCUUCUUCGAACUCCAAUGGUGUAGGCUCAUGCUCGUCCUCUAGCGCUCCCUUCAGCCAAGAAGUGAUGGCACCAGACUUGGAGCGUUUUAACAGCCUGGAGGCUCACCUCCCCGCCAGCUGCCUGGAGCCCUGCGUCAUCUGUCAGACCAGGCCCAAGAACGGCUGCAUCGUCCACGGACGCACCGGACACCUCAUGGCCUGUUACACCUGCGCCAGGAAACUGAAGAAGAGGAACAAGCUGUGUCCUGUCUGCAGGGAGCCUAUCCAGUCUGUCGUCUUAAUUUAUCUCAGCUGAGGACGGCUAUCGGCUAAGACUGUACAUUCCAAAUAGCAGUCUAUUCCCUAUGUAGUGCACUACUUUCAACCAUGGCCACAUAGGACUCUGGUCUAAAGUAGUGCACUACAUAGGGAAUAGGAUGUAACCCAAAGCUACACAACUCCCUGAUCCUCAAAAAAACUUACAUCCUGAAUGAAUAAAUAAUAUGUUUUAAUUUGUUUAUUUAGAAGUGAUUUUAUUUAUUAAGUUUGUUGACUAUCAAACAAGGUGCCUGUUGUGUUGAUUUGGGUUUGAUUUCUAGUGUUCAGUCAAAUAGCCUUUAUAGUUUUUCAAAUGGAUCAAAUUCUCUUAGCAGUGGUAUAUUUUUUAUUUUUAUUGAAUAAAGAAUAUCUAGCAAAUUAA